AUGAUCAACGGCGCGAACCCAGAAAUCAUCCAGUGUCUAUCCGGUUGCCCCACCCGUAUCACCUACGAAGAUAUCCGCAACCUAGCCCCAUCGGAUAUGUUUGAACGUUACGACAACAUCCUUACGUGCCGCGCAACCAACGCCGACCCUAACUUUCAGCGGUGUCUCAAUCCAGGUUGCAAUUCUGGUCAAGUUCACGACAGCACCCAUGGGCCCAUCUUCACCUGCAUCCAGUGCCGCUACCGCAUGUGCACCAACCACGAUCCACCCGUCCCUCUCCACGAAGGCCAGUCUUGCGCGGAGUACAUAUUUCACAACGAUAAGGACCAGCAAAAUGAGGCGGCUCAAGCAGAGGUCGCUAAGAUGUCUAUCGCAUGCCCGGAAUGUGGAGCUAUGAUCCACAAUCGUAAUAUCACAUCGAUCCCGACGCCGCGCUCAGACCAACAUGCAACAAAGCAAAGCUCCAUCUGUGCGCAGCUGAAAGGUCCCACAGAGAUCCACAGUAACGAUACUAUUGGGACACAGAACCGCGAUCAGACCUACAUCCAACAAGCUGACGAAAUCAUGUUUGCGCGGCUGAAGAUUCGCACUCAAGUACACGAUGAUGCCAUGAAGUCAGACCCUGCGCUUGGAAAGAUUUCGAACAAAGAAGUGAAGUGGAGUCUGCACGGAUGGGGAGAUCCAGAUAUUACGGAUUAUCUACCUACAAUGUCAAGCUCAAACCAAGGCCAGUCCACUCGUCCCCCAAACCAAGCAGAGAUAAGGCUUGGCCAAACAGCCCAGAACAUACGUUCCGGAGAAUUAGGCGGUCAUCAGUUCGGCACCAGGGAUAAUCCACACAGGGAAAGUAUCAAAGAAAUCACAAGAGGAUACGAUGGUUUCGAUAAGAACGCGACAGUGGAGGAAAACAAAAAACAGGCCUCCUCGACCCAGAUCAAUCCCAGCCUCGGUGAAAGCUCCAAAGCCAACCCGCGCAUGACCAACACACCUGCUGGUGACGCUGCCGGAAGUUCCAAGAAGGAAGGUGGUGCGAACCCGACACCUACGGCGAAUGCAGAGUGGAAAAAAGACCGGAUAUUCUAUUUCCGAAUUGACGAACUAGUCGGAUGA